AUGAAUUCAAAUAAUCGUUUUUGGUGUACAGCUUAUGGACAACAUGAUGGUGGCAUUAGCGUUUUAUAUACAUUAGGGAAGAAAAUCAUGAUGAAAAUUGUAAGUUGGCGUAGUUUGUCAUUGCAAGCUUUGAGAAGUUUGUUGAGUUUGAUAAAAUUGCAGUGUAAGCCGCCAGUUUUGUCGAUUACAGUCUAUCACAUUGACUAUUGUAGGCUAACUGCUGAACUUUUGCACUAUUUAGUUAGUGCAAUAUCGGGUUCUUUGACAGCUAGUUAUUUGAGUCAGAAAUUUGGAAGACGCAUUGUCUUAUUGAUCUCGUUGUUACAAUAUUUCAUUGGAGCAGUUACAAUGGGAGCAGCUGAAAAUAUAUGGAUGUUACUUGUUAGACGGUUUAUUGUUGUCUUGGCAAUCAGUAAGCUGUAUCUAUAUUCUGAAAUAUUUAUAAAAAGUGGAGAAAAACAUUGGUUAGAUAAAUGCAUAGAUUUUACAAAUUUCAAGAUACAAUGUCAGUUAAUACAUAUAGUAAACCACCAAGUAGAAAAACUUAUGGCCUGCAGUGAUGGAGUUUUAGGCUUUUACGUCAACCAUGUUGAAUUGGAUAGAACAAUUUUUCAGAUGACUGUCACUAUGUUACCUGGCACCAGGUGGUCUAGCUGUAAUACAAAGGGUAUAUUUGUGCGUGUAAUCAAGACACAGACAACAAGACGUGUGUUACUGGUUGGAUGUGGAUUACAAGCUUUUCAACAGCUCUUUGCCAUCAACACUGUCGUGUAUUACAGUGCUACUAUUAUUGAAAUGGCUGGUGACGAUUCACCUACAUCAACAUUUCAAGCUCCUAUUAUAUACACACAAGGCUGCGCCUCGUAUAAGCAAUGUUUUUCUUGUGUUCAGGAUAAAUCAUAUGAGAAAGUUUGUCCAACUUCGUAUGCUUGGUUGGCUGAAAUUGCGAUGAUGUUUCACCUAUUUAUGCAUGCAUCUGGUGUUGGCCCUAUGCCUUGGGCAAUCAAUGCAGAAAUUUAUCCACUAUGGGCAAGAAGUUUUGAAACAUCAGCUUCAACUGCUACCAACUGGUUUUGCAAUUUACUUGUUUCAUUGACAUUUUUAUAUAUAAUGGAUUGGUUGACUCGCCCGGGUGCAUUUUUCUUGUAUGCGGGUCUAUCGUUAAUAGGUUUCAUAUUCCUGGUCGUGCUCUUACCUGAAACAAAAGGGAAGAAGCUAGAGAAUGUUGAAGAAUUAUUCAGUGAAGGUAUACCUUUAAAAAGGUUUUAAUAUCAAAAGCAGUGAUUUCCAAACAGUGAUUUCCCUAAAUUUAAGUUUAAGGUUUAAAAAAUAGCCAAUAUGAAUUUCGUUGUUUUGUGAAAGUUUUUGAACUUCAUUUUUUAUGUAUGUUUUCAUAUUUUAUUUUUAAUAAACUUAAUAUUAUCCUUUGUUUGUGUUGGGUUUUUGCAUUAUUUUUCUAAUUUAUAUAAUUUAAGGCUGCAUGAUUAUGUUAAUUACUGACAACUAACUGUAAGUAGAAAUAUCCACUUUAAAUGACAGUCUUUCUAAUUUACUUUAUUUCACUGUGGCCAAGAAUUAUGGAUGUUUAUCGACAAUUGCUUGCCUGCUGUGUUAAGACAGUGAUAUUUAAAAUAAAAUAAAUUAUUCUGUUUGCGUGUAAUCACCAAUCUUCUACCCUGCCCCCUUUUUUAUAUAACUUAAUUACAUAAAUAAUUUUUCUUUCACUGACAUUGUGCCAACUGUAGAAUUUCUCACAGACGUCCUGACUAUGACGAUUCAUAGCGAAUCUGAUUAAGACAUGUUGCUGAAGGAUGAAAUGCCUACAAUUAUUAAAUAAUAUUUGUAAACAGAAAUUUUUUAAGAACAUGUAGAAUGCUCUUUUAUCCGAAAUUUUGCAUUUUUUUAUGCGAAUUAAACAGAAAAUUAUGUUACAUAACUUUUACUUGGCAGUCAGAAACUUUAAACAGAACGUUAAAAAUUCACUCUAGAAUUUAAGUAAUUGAUAAGUAAAUAGACAAAUAGUG